UACCAGUUAUUGAGGUUAUUGAUUGAAAAAAUUCUGUAACCGACACUAUUUUGUGCUUCACCAUUUUUUUUAAAGAAAAAUUGCAUAUUUAGACGGUGUUUUACUUCACUGUCAAAACUGUGCCUCACGGAUUGGUCAAUCGUGCGGCCAGUUUCAUGAAAUCUUAACGGCAGAGAAUGGUGCCACGCGCUUUCCAAAGCGCAGAAAUGAUGCAGAGUACAGCUCACGGUUGCCAUCUGUGGUUCCAGAAAAUAAUGCUUUUCCAUAGCCACUAGUCGGAAUCCUUUUUACUCUGUAGUUGACAAGACUUCAGGAUGCACGGUACCACACAGCCGCACUGGUGCUUGCGUUUACAAAAUCUUUGACAAAUCCAAUUAUUGGUUGCUUUGUGACGACGUUUUUACCAUGCACUAAAACACGUUUAUUAAAUUGGCUACGUUGAUUCAGUUUAACGUCUAAGGAUUUUUUUUUUUAUCUUCACAAUUUUUUGUUCUUACAAAGUCGUUUGCAUUGCGUUGGAUAAUGCUACUCUCCUGGUCAUUAUUGGAUUUUACUGGAGUACAAACCGCAUGAGAAACCGUGAAAAUGAAUCUUUCAGAAAUUUAUUUAAAAUUUGGACACCUGUUUUCAAAGAAUUUUUCUUUUUGGAGCCACCAUAGUAACCAGAGUCACAAUUUUCGGGAGGCGAUCCCUUUCACGGAUGACGUUUUGUUUGCAGGACAUGAGCCAGCUACAAUCGCAUUAGUAGUGAUGUACACUUUAUCAUUCACCAUCGGACUGGGGGGCAACAUUAUGGCACUGACAGUACUCACCAGGAGAAGAAAUCGCCUUGCCGCCGUUUCGGCAACCAGACGACUGCUCAUUAAUCUAGCAGUUUGUGACAUGAUGGUGGUGUGCGUAUGUAUGCCUGUCAACAUUGGCCACCAGGUAUAUAACGCCUGGGUUUUCGGGGACUUUUUGUGCCGAGCAGUCCCUUUUGUUCAAGCUGUGUCAGUGUCAGCGAGCGUUCUGAGCCUUGCCGUGAUCAGUCUUAACAGAUACUAUAGCGUUCACAAACCCCUACAUGCCAGGUCUUUUUUCACUGGCAGAAAAAUUCUUUGCAUGAUUUGCGUGGUGUGGACUCUGUCCUCGGGUCUGUGUUUGCCAUUGAUCUUCAUGAACAGGACAAAAACACUGGUGUUGAUGGACGGCAAGCAUGCCAUCACAGUGUGCAUGGAGAGCUGGCCCAAAGUCAAACUACGCCAGGGGUAUAACUUCCUAUUGUUCUGCGCCUUAUACGGAUUCCCUGUUUUAUUCAAUCUUGUGAUUUGUUUUCUGACUGGGAGAAAAUUGUGGUGCACCGGUGACAAAUUCAAAGAGUGCAACAAGUGUAAUCUGGUGCAGUCGGUGUCUCGGCAAAAAGUGCGCAAAAAAAUUGCCAAGAUGGUUGUCGCUCUGGUUGUCCUGUUCACUUUGUCUUGGCUGCCUCUGUACGUAGUUGACAUCUGGAUCGACUUCAACAUGCCAGAUGACGAACUGGACCACGUGAAGCACCAAUGGAUCCUGCAAGGGAGACCCUUUGCACAGUGGCUGGGUUUGACAAACUCGGCUCUUAAUCCACUGUGUUACUGCUUUGUGGGGAACCUGUACAGGUCUGCGCAAAAAAUUAGAAAAAGCUACCGAGCCAAACUGUCCUCAGUCUUCAGCGUCCCACUACCGCAAUCUUCAACUACCAGUUCUGGCCCAGCGCUUUUAUCUUACAGCCGCCCUUGCUCGGAAAAAUGCGGGGCGGAGAUGCGCGCAUGGCGCACCUGUGCAGGUUUCGCUGCCAAUUUGUCAAUAAGCAAAAGCUUGUCAUCUGUGACUGUGUGUGAAACUGUAUUUGACUAACACCAGAGGAGUCAAUUUGGAUACGUGGACCUGAUCCAAUUGAAACCUUUGGAUCGAAUUAAAACGUCAUGGUUAGGGACCAAAAAACUUAAAAUGAUACAUUCAUCAUUGGAUUAUGAAGUGUUGUGGUUUACAUCUUAUUGAUUGUAACAACGGAUAGCGCACACCGUCAUAUUGCUAAGUACACUUCUGCAUUGUUGUGGACAGAUAUUCAUUUUUCAGCGUGUUGUUUGACAUGUUUAUAUCUGGAAACUUAAAUACAUAAAUAUAUAAUGUUUAAAAAUGUUCAUGACUCGUGUUGAAUCUGUUGUGAUCUAAUUAAGUAGGUGUUAGCAUACAGUGCACAGCAGGUACAUGAAAAAAACGAAAUGCGUAAAUCUGAAGACGUUUACGAAAUUGUUAUCAGUCGCUUAGAUUAGUGCAGUGCUCUUUUUACUGGCCUGUCAAAAAUCUUUUGAAAACCUGCAACUUAUCCAAAACAGCGCGGCCAGAAUUUUAACUAAAAAAGAGAGCAUAUUACUCCUGUUUUAUCUGCACUGGACUGGAUCCCUGUAUCUUUUAGAAUUGAUUUCAAGGUCCUUUGACUGGUAAAGCUCAGAACGGUAAAGUACCUUCUUAUACUGCCUCUCAUUUUAUGUUCCACCACGUGCUCUUAGAUCCUCCUCCGUGGGCCGUUCCAUGCACGAAAAUUAAUGCACCUAAAUCCCUCAGAGAGGCAGAAUUGUGUGGGAAUUAUUAAGAAGAAAUUGAAGACUUUCCCUUAUAACUUGACCUAGAACUAGUAGCACCUAUUUUAUUAUUUUAUUAUUUUUAUUUAUUCUAGUUAUUCUACUUUAUUCUCAAUUUAUUUCUACUUAUUUCUGUCUUACUGUAUUUAUUGUGUAUUCUUGUAUUCUGUUUUGCUUGGUUUUAUUUAGUUAGUUUUUUAUUCUUGUCCAUA